GCGCUCUGGCCGCUGCCACAUUGUGUGUACGGAAAAUGAUGGAGUUCGGGAAAUCGUCGGAGCACUCCCAGCAUAGCGCCUCCGAGGCGUCGGCGGACUCCGGCAGCCUGGCCAACAGCGACCUGGCCGUGACGCCCACCAAGCGGGAGCGCCGCAAGUCGCCGGCCACCAGCUCGGACAACACCAGCACCAGCGUCCAGCCGCCCAUGUCGCCGACCUCCUCGGUGGCGGACACCACCUUUGAGCCCACCAUCGACAUGAUGGUCAACGACUUUGACGACGAAGCCACGCUGAACGAGGAGGAGGCUCUGGCCGACAUGGAGGCGCACAGCGCCGAGGACGAGAUAGCCACGCUGCGCGAGGAGAGCGAGAUGCCUAUCGAGGAGCUGCUGGCCAAGUAUGGCGGCUCAGCUCCUUCGCCGGCGGUCAGCAGCUCCAACCGCUCCGGCAGCAGUUCACGACGUGCUCGGCGGGCCACCAAGCGCCAGUACCAGGAACUGGACACGGAGAUGGCUCACACUUCCAACUCCACCUCGAGCGGCGCCUCGCAACUGGAGAAAAACGAUAGCCUGGAGCAGGAGGAACCGAAGGAGUUGCCGGAAAAGCUGGCAUCGCCCAUGGAAACAGCAGAGGUUUCGUCUAUGGAUGUGGAGGAAUCCCCUCCUUCUGAGGGCUCCAAAAAGCAUCACCGCUCCCACUUACUGGACCUGUAUCCAGAUGAAUCCUUCGCAGACUUACCACCAACCUGCGGCGGCGAGGAAACCGAAAGAUUCACUCCACUGCAGACUCUGUUCGAUGAAGUGGAGGCGGAAGAGGAGGAGGAAAGCGAAUCCGAGAUGGACGAUGCCCGGAAGAUCAUUCAGGUGGGCCACGACUAUCAGGCCGAGAUUCCCGAGGGGCUCUCACAAUAUGGCGACAUUUUGCCCUACGAGAACGAGGAUCAGUUGAUCUGGGAGCCCAGCCAAGUCAGUGAACGCGAGGUUGAGGAGUACCUGGCCAAGAUCCAGGAAACGCGGUCAAUAGUUCCGCCUGAAGGAGGUGCAGACGUUGCGGCUGAUGAGGAAGCUGCAGUUACUGGUGACAAUGCUGAAACACCGGCUCCUACCCCCACUCCGGCUACGCCCCCCAAGGCUCCGCCAGCGUCCAGUGCCGUCGCCGAUCAGGAGCUGGUGGUGAAGGACAACGAACAAGCGCUCCAUUUGCUCGUCCAGUGCGGCUACGAUUUUAAGGAGGCUCUGCGACGCAAGCGCAUGAAUGUCCUGCCCCUCACCGACACGAUGAGCAGCUGGUCCGAGGACGAGUGCCUGAAGUUCGAGGAGGGCAUCCAGCGGUUCGGCAAGGACUUCUAUCAGAUACGUCAGAACCAGGUGCGCACCAGAACCAUGCGCGAGCUGGUCCAGUUCUACUACCUGUGGAAGAAGAGCGAGCGUAGGGAUCAGAGCUUUGCUUUAAAUGACACCAUCGAUCACAUGGACGUGUUCAUCAACGAGGCGGGCGCCGGUAAUGGGAGUGGUAAUGGAAAUGGUGUUGCGACUGGGGCUGGAGCCGGAACAGCAAACAGCAAUGGUAGCUGCUCGCCACACAGCAGCAAUGGUCACAGCAACGGGGACUUGUCCGCCCUGGAGCGAGAUACCGUCGCCUGUGCGCGAAAGCCCGCCUCGAAGAGUUAUUCCAUUAUGACUGGGAGUCAGGCGGCGGGAAAUACACCUGGGGGAAGCCGCAAGCGGGCCACAUCCGCUUCGGUGCCCCUGGAAGACGAGGACAACAACGUCGAGGAGGAACCCAAUCUGGCCACUGUGUAAAGGACGACACCCCUCAUCGAUAUCAUCACCGAGCGCAGGCGCUUUCAGUUGUGCCAGGCAAAGUAUUAGCAGGGCGCUUCAUUACCAUUACCACUCAUUAUAAAUAUGCAUACUGUACGUGUAGAAUAUACCAUAUGUCUAAACAUAUAUAUUCCAGAUUCUUAGAUCGACAUCUCUCAUACCCCGAAAGAAUUUCCCUAUUGUUAAGUGUAAGAUUCGUCUACUUGUUACAUGUGCGUGUGGAUUCCGGAACCAAGUACUUACCGCUUAUAUAUACAAUAUAUUUUCGCUCAAUCCUUGAGUUUCGUUGAAUGUCAAUAAAUGUAAUAUGUAUAUCUGUGAA